CACUCGUCGCGUUUACUGCCAGUCGCUCGAAGCGCAGUACGUGUAAAUAAACGGUAGACGAAUUUAGCGUUGUCGCAUUGGUUAAUCCGGCAAGAACAAGUACUUGGCCCCCCUUAAUUAGUAUUUGGUGCUAGUGGUGAGUGCUGCUGCUGCUGCAACAUGUUUGACGUCUUCGGCUCCGUCAAGGGGCUGCUAAAAAUCGAUAGCGUAUGCAUCGAUAAUAACAUUUUCCGCCUGCACUACAAGGCGACCGUCAUUAUUCUGGUUGCGUUCUCGUUGCUUGUUACUAGCAGGCAGUACAUAGGGGAUCCGAUCGACUGUAUCGUAGACGAGAUUCCGUUGCCCGUGAUGGACACCUAUUGUUGGAUUUAUUCGACUUUCACGAUCCCGAAUAGAUUAACGGGACGCGUCGGUCAGGAUAUGGCUCAACCGGGUGUCGCGAGCCACGUGGACGGCAAGGACGAAGUUAAAUACCAUAAGUACUAUCAGUGGGUGUGCUUCGUGCUCUUCUUCCAAGCGAUGCUCUUCUACGUGCCGCGCUACCUGUGGAAAACGUGGGAAGGCGGUCGUAUCAAGAUGCUCGUUUUGGACUUGAACUGCCCCAUAGUAAACGAAGAUUGCAAAGCUGACAGGAAGAAGCUGCUGGUCGACUAUUUCACCGCCAAUUUGCAUCUCCAAAACUUCUACGCGUUUAGAUUUUUCAUAUGUGAGGUGCUCAACCUGAUCAACGUGAUCGGACAGAUAUUUUUCAUGGACUUUUUCCUGGACGGCGAGUUUUCCACGUACGGCAGCGACGUACUGCGCUUCACCGAGAUGGAGCCAGAAGAACGCGAAGAUCCCAUGGCGAGGGUGUUCCCGAAGGUCACUAAAUGUACCUUCCACAAAUACGGUCCGUCGGGAUCGGUGCAGAAGUUCGACGGACUUUGCGUUCUACCAUUGAACAUCGUCAACGAGAAAAUCUACGUGUUCCUGUGGUUCUGGUUCGUAAUUCUGAGCACACUGUCUGCCAUGUCGUUGGUCUAUCGUUUGUGUGUCAUCAUGGGCCCCAAAUUGCGGCUCUAUCUCCUUAGAGCCCGUUGCCGUAUCGCCGGUCAAGACCAAAUAGAGACCAUCGCCAAUAAAUGCGAGAUCGGAGAUUGGUUCGUACUGUAUCAACUGGGCAAGAACAUCGACCCGCUGAUCUUUAAAGAGGUCAUAUCAGACCUGGCCAAGAAGCUUGAAGGCAAAGAGAUCGUGUGAAAGGAAGAAACGCAUCAAUACGUUCACUGUGGGACCAAUUGCAAAGUUCUGUGAUGACAGAAAAGACUGUUAAUUAAAACAAUUCUACAAAAGACAAUUUAGUGAUGAUUACAGCUCAAUCGCGGCCAUUCCAAUGGGCAGUCCUAAAUUAUUUUUUAUAUACGGUUACUUUACCUACGACUAUAGCAAUCUACUGCCAAAAUGUAAUUUCCUUUUUCGUUUAAGUGCAUAUAUCUAUUCUAUUUCGAUGAGUAUUUAUGGUUAUAAUAUAUUAUGCAGAAGAUGAGACGCUUUCGCCUUUUGCCAGUUGUUGAGUAAACCGUCCUCGGGAGAGGGAGGGAGUGAGUUUGCGCACUCCCGAACAGGGAUUGUUGGUGCGUCAGAUUAUUGAGGCGAAAUCGUAUUCUCUGUGAUAGAUCUGAUACUGUUCGUUUGUAUCAUCCUAAGAAAUAAAAUUAGCAUAAUGUCAUGUGAUGUAUAGUUUAGGAGUAUGACCGAGGGAAAAUAAUUUUAAAUGAUUUUUUAAUUAGUUGGUUAAUUAUUCCAAUUUUAGUUUUAGAGGGUUUUGUGUGUUCAGAUGACCUAUAAAAUAUUAAAUCGCGUUUUUUAAAGCCAAAUGUGCCUUUUAAAUUGUAUUGUUUCAGUAGGUAAUAGUGACGACAAAUAAAUUGAAUAUUUUUAAGAUAA